CUCGUCUGCGAUAUAUUGUAGGUACAAGCACAAAGGAAACAUUGUCGCAGUCUGUGCCCCAACUCCGUCUCGCCUUGCCGUACAUCGCAAGUUCAUCUGCUUUUUCCACUUACUCGAGCGACAACUCUUCCGGAUUUCUCGGUGGUCGCCCGCUUGCUGUGCAUUCUCUCCGACAUGCUCAUUCUGUCGAAUAACGUCGAAUGAUCAUUCCAUCACCUGCGCCCAAAUGGCAUCCUCUCUCGUUGGCGCAACAUUGAAUAUCCUUCGCCGACAAGACGAAGAGAUAGACCCUGAUGAGCCCUCCGAGGCUGGCCAGAAAGAGAUCUUCUCAUCAUGGGCACUUUUCAUCCUGAUUAUGCUGCUGAUCGCAGCCCUAUUCACGAGUUAUAUGUUACAACAGAAGAGGAUUCAAGCCGUGCAUGAAACAGUCAUAUCGAUAUUCACUGGAAUGGUCGUCGGACUGGUAAUACGAAUCACGCCCGGAACAGCGAUACAAGACACCGUUAGCUUUGACUAUCAGUUCUUCUUCAACCUCCUCCUGCCGCCUAUCAUUCUAGCUUCUGGGUAUGAGCUGCAUCAGGCCAACUUCUUUCGAAAUAUCGGCACGAUCUUGACCUUCGCAUUCGCUGGGACAUUCAUAUCAGCCGUUUCUCUGGGCUUGAUUCUGUGGUUGUGGACGAGAGUUCCAUUUGAUGGCUUGACAAUAACCUGGGUUGAAGCCAUUUCCGUGGGCGCUACACUGUCCGCCACCGAUCCUGUCACCAUCCUGGCCAUUUUCAACCUCUACAAGGUCGAACCAAAAUUAUAUACUGUCAUUUUCGGCGAAUCCAUCCUCAAUGACGCCAUUGCUAUCGUACUGUUCGAGACUGCCCAGAGGUACAGGGAAGGGGCCUCUGGGAAUCUGAAUGUCAUCAGCCUCUUUGAGGCGAUCGGGAUCUUCUUGUUGGUCUUCUUUACCAGUUUGUUGAUCGGCGUGAUUGUGGGUGUCGGCACUGCUUUGACCUUGAAGUACACGCUUGUUCGAAGAUUCCCCAAGAUUGAGAGUUGUCUGGUGGUUUUGAUCGCAUAUGCAAGCUACUUCUUCUCAAAUGGCGUGCAUAUGUCAGGCAUUGUGUCCCUCUUGUUCUGCGGAAUCACCCUCAAACACUACGCGUACUACAACAUGUCGAGACGCACUCAACUCACCACCAAAUUCAUCUUCCAGAUCCUUGCUCAACUCUCCGAAAACUUCAUCUUCAUCUAUCUCGGCUUGACUUUGUUUACGGAAACAGACCUAGUCUUCAAGCCUCUGUUCAUCCUUGUCACCGUGGUCGGAAUUUGCGCAGCUAGAUGGCUUGCAGUAUUUCCCUUAUCCAAGGCGAUCAACUACAUCAUCCGUCUCCGCGCCAAGAGAAGGGGCCAGGAAGUCGCGGAAGAACUCCCCUGGCACUAUCAAGCCAUGCUCUUCUGGGCUGGUCUCCGUGGUGCCGUCGGUGUCGCUCUUGCCGCCGGUCUACAAGGAAACGAAGGACCUGCUCUCCGCGCAACAGUCCUGGUCGUGGUGGUGCUCACAGUCAUCAUCUUCGGCGGUACAACAGCACGCAUGCUCGAGAUCUUGGGCAUUCGGACAGGUGUUGUCGAUGAAAUCGACUCGGACGACGAAUUCGAUAUCGAGACAGCCAACGGCGGCACCUACUACAAGCGCUCAGGCACGGCGUUCGGGCAUAACCCCCGCCCCUCAAAUAUCGGCCUCGACUACCUCCAGAGCGCUCCCCACAACCACUCCGGCCGUCCAAACGGAUCAGCUUCGCGUCCGCGCCCAGAUAGAGGGUACAGCAGCAGUAACGGUGCAUCCCCACCGUUCGACAAGCCCAAGCGCGGUGGCAACCAUCGCAAGAAUUCGAACAUCAGCCAGCGUGAGCGCGAGCUUGCGGCGCAGCAGGGCAAGCUUUUGGUGGAGCAAAUCAGCGGCUCGACCAGCGAUGAUGACGAAGACGCCGCUGAUCUCGACCUACCUCCUGCCGCACCGAGACGAAAACCUUCACCGCUAACCAUGGGCAAUGCCGGCGGACCGUAUGCGAAUGAUCCACGCACACGCUCCGCGCCAGAUGUCGUACUCAACGGUAGCGACGAAGGGGGCGCUGACGGAGAUAUGGGUGUCGCUGGAUCCGCCACGGGAGGAACGUCGUCCGGCCCGAUGGCGAGCAGUAGUAUAAGGAAUCUCCUGCGUGGGGCGACGGCAGACCAUACGGCCUGGUUCAAGCAGUUGGACGAGGAUUUCAUCAAGCCUCAUUUACUGCUGGAUCAGCAUCAGGGCCAGGGGAAAGGGCCUCCUCCUGUAUAAGGAUCAAUGAGCGUGUAAUUGGGUUUGGGACGGGGAUUUUUCUUCCGAAGGGUUUCAGUUCGGAAGUUUUGCACAUUUAGACCUUGACCUUCGGCUAUGAGUCUGCAACGGGAUGGAGGGGUCGGUCCAAUGGAUCGAGAUGAAUAUAUGGACUGAUUGAGUUGCUUAGGGGCUGGCCUUCGGACCUGCUGGGCGUUUUUACAAGAUGGAUGGCAUAUCCAAGGCGCAUCACCGCGUAAUAUCCCCGCGGAUCCUAUCUACGCGAGUGCGCGGUGCAGGGUGUAGAAUCGGGAAAUGAAUACGGAGUAUUUCUAGC